GAUAACUAGAGGCCACCCUCUUCUUCUCUAUACCAAACCAAAACACAUCACAUUACAAAAGAAAAACAAUCUCUCUUUCGCUAUAAAAACACAUCAAGUUUGUAUUCUUUUUUUAGGCCAAAAGAACGUUGAUUUUCGCAUGGCGAUUCAAGCCCGUUUGUAUUCAGACAAUCUUGCGUUUCCUUUCAUCGGUGAUGAUGGUGGUGGUGGGAAUUUGUCACAAGAUUUGAUGGAAAACGCGUGUGGUCUAAAUGAUUUUUAUCUGUUCAAUCUUCAACAACAACAACAAUAUCAACAAUAUCAGCAGUCAUACCAACCACCAACAAAGAAUCAAGAUUCGUGUUUUGAAUCCGGGUUUCAUAAACCGAUAUCGAUGCAUUCUCAAUCUGUUGCGGCUCAUAUUCAAAACCAGAAUCAAGAAAUUGAAAGGUUCAUUAGUUUACAGAAUGAAAGAUUGCGAUUAGCUCUACAAGCACAUCGAAAGCAACAGCUAUUAACAAUCUUGAAAAAAUACGAAUCAAAAUCCGAAGUAUUACUGAAACAAAAGGACGAAGAGAUCAGACGGGCAACCACAAGAAGAAUCGAACUGGAAGAAUUCUUGAGAAGAACCGAUAUCGAGAGACAAAAAUGGCAGAUGACAGCCAUGGAAACAGAAGCAAUGGUGAUGAAUCUAAGCAACAAAAUCGAGCAGUUGAGAGAAAAUGCGAAGAUAGAGGUUGAAGAUGAAGGUUCUUGUUGCCAUGAAGAAAAUAAUAUGGUAAACAAGAACACGAUGAUUUGCAAGAAUUGUUUCAAUGAAGAUUCAUGCGUUGUGAUGAUUCCUUGUAGACAUCUGUGUUGUUGUAGAUCAUGUGAUGCUUUUCUGCAUUCAUGUCCGGUAUGCAAGAUGGUAAAGAAAGCUAGCAUACAACUUUCUGUUUUUGAUUCCAAUUUGUAAAGUUACUGAUAUUAUUUUGUUUUAUUUUUUAAUAUAUGCAAAAGAAAAAAAAAACCAUUUUUAUA